AUGGCUGACUGGAACUGUAUAUUCCAGGAUGUUCCACGAGACUCGAGGAAGACGGUAGUACCAUCAACAAAGGACCUGCCAUUACGACCUCCAGUUAGUUGUCACGGCGAUACGACGGAGGCACUGUGCCACUCCGCAGCGGUGCUCCGUGCCACUUGCGAGGCGGAGAAGGUGUGGCGCGUAAAGCAGAGGAGGAACGAUUCGGGGACUCGCAGAAUGCUCAUUAACUCCACGAAUCGCCGAGUCUGCAUUCGGUGGUCACGAUUGGAAUCUUUGGAGUGGAUUUCGAUGCAUUACGUGAUAUUACCUGUCAUUUCGGAACACGUGACUCCGUGGCAACGCUGCACUCCAGCAACACCGGGAUGCAGCGAACGGAUGAAUCAGUUCCUGGAAAUCCAAGCGAAGCAGCCUGGAAUCUGGAAUGCCAGAUACGAAUCUCGUAACAAGCAAUGCAAUAAGGGUCAUAAUCCCGUACAUAAGUUUCGGAAAAUGAACUCUAAAGACUACCUCCUUGACAUCCAGGGGCCGUCACCUGAGCCCAAUGAGGAGAGGAGCCAACCUGGCACCAACUGUAUCGGCCCGUCCUUUCCGUUGGAUUUUGCCAGCAAGGUUAGAGAGGGGGGACCUGACGACUGGGCAUCCCAGGUCCUCCGAAUACUUGCCCUGGCCUGCGCCCUGGAGAGGACACUCCAGUGCCGCAUCACGCGGCAACACAACACGGGGAGACGGCAGAUACCGGUUAAAAGUCCAGAGCCUAUUGGCGUCAGCUCGGACGCCUGGGGCUGUCUCCUGUCGUCCGUCUACUUCAGUGGGUGCCUGGAGUUUAGGCCAAAAGCCGAAAAGCGGACUGAAACCUCUGCACCAGGAAACAACAAAAUUAACAAGCCGCCAGGGCUAAAACUGGCAACCUGGAACGUCAGAACAAUGUGUCCUGGCCUGUCUGACGACCUCCAGCAAAUCAACAACGCCAGGAAGACCGCCAUCAUUGACCGCGAACUAAAGAGGCUGAACAUUGAUAUCGCAGCACUGCAAGAGACGCGACUAUCCGAGAGCGGCAGCCUGAAGGAGAGCAACUACACGUUCUUCUGGCGGGGGCAAGAGCACCACGAGCGCCGACUCUAUGGCGUCGAAGCGCCCUCUUCAGGCACACCACGUGUCCUCUCCCUUCGCCUCACCACCUCUUCUGGACCAACCAACAUUCUUAGCGUCUACGCCCCAACACUCAGCUCCGCAACCGAGGCUAAGGACCAGUUCUACGAGGAGCUCGAGGCAAAGAUCAGGCUGGUUCCCAAGAAGGAGCACCUAUUCCUACUUGGAGACUUCAACGCCCGUGUGGGAGCUGACCACAAUUCCUGGCCUCGCUGCAUCGGCCAUUUUGGCGUCGGCAAGCUCAAUGAAAAUGGCCAGCGCCUCCUUGAGCUGUGCUCCUUCCAUGACCUCUGUCUCACCAACACCUUCUUCCCCACCAAGCCCCAUCACAGGAUGUCCUGGAGACACCCAAGAUCUCAUCACUGGCACCAGUUGGACUUUGUCGCCACCAGAAGAUCCUUGCUGAAUCAAGUGCUGGUCACACGCAGCUACCACAGCGCUGACUGCGACACCGACCACUCCCUCGUCGCAAGCAAGGUGCGCCUCCUUCCCAGACGUGCCCACCACUCCAAACAGAAGCCCCGACCCCGUAUAAACAUAGCCAGAACAAACAAACCUGAACUGCAGGAACACUUCGCCAUAGCCAUCGACGAAGCCCUGGAGGGCUGCCCAACCGACAGCGCAACUGAACGGUGGAACCAUAUACGCGAGGCUGUGUUCCAGACUGCCCUGGACACCUUUGGUAGAAGAGAGAGGAAGAGCACUGACUGGUUUGAGGCAGGAGUCGCUAAACUGGAGCCCGCCAUCACUGCUAAGCGAGCCGCCCUACUUGCUCACAAGAAAGAUCCUUCCACAAAGACACUCGUAGCACUCCGUGCUGCUCGAAGUGACACACAGAAGAUCGCCAGGCGCUGUGCCAAUGAUUAUUGGUUAAAUCUCUGCCACAACAUCCAACUCUCCGCAGACCUAGGCAACAUGCGAGGGAUGUACGAGGGCAUGAAGAAGGCUUUUGGCCCAAGUCCCGUCAAAACAGCCCCACUCAAAACAGCCGAGGGUGAGCUCAUUAAAGACCGGUGCAAACAAAUGAAGAGGUGGGCUGAACACUAUCAAGAGCUCUACUCAAGGGAAACCACCAUCACCAGCACAGCCCUUGAGAACACUCAAUCACUGUCUCCUAUGGUUGAGCUCGACACACCACCCACCAUAGAAGAGCUCAGCAAGGCUGUUGACAAUCUAGCCAACGGCAAAGCACCAGGCAGUGACAACAUUCCUCCUGAGGUAAUCAAGGCCGCAAAAGGGAGCUCCCUCCUACAACAACUUCAUGAGCUACUAAUGCAGUGUUGGGAGGAAGGAGCGGUGCCCAAAGACAUGCGUGACACCAUGAUCGUCACGCUUUACAAGAAUAAGGGGGAACGGAGCGACUGCAACAACUACCGUGGCAUUUCGCUCCUCAGCAUUGUCGGCAAAGCAUUUGCCCGGGUCGCCCUAAACAGACUGCAACUCCUCGCAGAACGCAUUUAUCCAGAGGCACAGUGCGGCUUCAGGGCCGCAAGGUCAACUAUCGACAUGGUGUUCUCUGUGAGGCAGCUGCAGGAGAAAUGCCGGGAGCAGAGACAGCCCCUGUACCUGGCAUUCAUCGACUUGACCAAGGCCUUCGACUUGGUCAGCCGAGAUGGACUGUUUGCCCUCCUCCAGCGGAUUGGAUGUCCCCCCAGGCUCUUGAGCUUGGUCGUGUCCUUCCAUCAAGACAUGAGUGGGACCGUUCAGUUCGACGGAUCAUGCUCAGAACCCUUCGCAAUCAAAAAUGGCGUGAAGCAGGGAUGCGUCCUUGCCCCAACCCUUUUCGGCAUCUUUUUCUCCCUGCUCCUGUCCUACGCCUUCCGAGACUCUGACGACGGCGUCUUCAUCCACACCAGGAGCAACGGAGGUCUCUUCAACUUAGCACGCCUACGGGCAAAGACAAAAAUACAGAGGGUGCUCAUCAGGGAGCUACUUUUUGCCGAUGAUGCUGGCCUUGUCGCCCACACUGAAGCAGCACUGCAGCGACUCAUCGACCGCUUUUCAACCUCCUGUGUAGAAUUUGGUCUCACUAUCAGCCUGAGGAAGACUCAGGUCAUGGGGCAAGACGUCAGUAGUGCACCCAGCAUCUCCAUCGGUGAUCACACUCUCGAGGUGGUGGACAAGUUCAUCUAUCUCGGGUCUACCAUCUCCAGCAACCUCUCCCUUGAUGCAGAGCUGAACACCAGGAUCGGCAAGGCAGCUACCACGAUGGCCCGUCUAACGAAGCGAGUGUGGGAUAACACCAUGCUCACCACCAACACCAAGAUGAGAGUCUAUCAGGCAUGCGUGUUGAGCACUCUCCUUUAUGGAAGUGAAACAUGGACACUCUACUCCGUCCAGGAACGCAGGCUGAACACCUUCCACCUACGCUGCCUCCGUAGACUGCUCGGUAUCACUUGGCAGGACCGCGUCCCCAACAUCGACGUCCUGGCCAAGGCAGGGAUGCCCAGCAUGUUCGCCAUCUUGUCCCAGAGACGUCUGCGUUGGCUAGGCCAUGUCACCCGAAUGGAUGACGGCCGCAUCCCUAAAGACAUGUUGUUUGGGGAGCUGGCCACUGGCACUAGAUCCACAGGACGCCCGGCCCUCCGUUACAAGGACGUAUGUAAGCGCGACCUGAAGGCUGGUGGCUUCAACCCCUCUGACCUGGAGAUAGCCGCCACGAACCGCUCCGGCUGGCGGUCCACCACCCGGGAUAUCGUCAAGGCGGCAGAGGAUAUGAGAGACGCCCGAUGGGGAGAGAGGCGUCUCCGCAAGCAACUGUGGCUGCAAUCGGCCCCACCAUAUACACGGGAGCCGGCCUUCACUUGCAGCAGAUGCGGCAGACCAUGCGGUUCUCGUAUCGGCCUGUACAGCCACAGCCGACGUUGCAGCUCCCCUAUUUAG